AUGUCGCUCAACCGUGUCUACCGUACUCCUACGCCCCUCGAAGCCAGCACAGAGCCAGGAGACACGAGGAACUGGUACUGUGAUUUCUGGCAACAUGUCUGUGCCGUUCCUCACAAAGAUGGGAAAAGCAUCAUCCUUUACGAACCUAAGGAGACGGGCCAUCCGGAUCCAAGGGUAAGACCAGAGUGGGCGAGCAAGCGGCUACGGAAAGCUUAUGAGCUUCUUGGAGAGGGUCAUCCACGGAUCGUUCGGCGUACCGGCCUUGUGAACAGCGACGCCGGCAACGGGGUGGUUGUCGAAAGAUUAACACCAGGACCACACUGGGGUGAUCUUCCUGCCAUGACUUUGCCUUUUCCCGAAGAGCCUUCGAGAGAGGACCGCAUCAUGCUGGCUUUAUAUUACCGAUGGGCAUUGCAAUCGCUGUCUGCCAUUGCCUACUUCCACUCUCGCUCUGUAUACCUGACGUUCUUCUCGUCUACUAAUGUAUGGCUGCGCUCUGACUAUUCCCUUGCUAUUGCGGGAUUUAUCAACGUCGACGGGCCAGAGCUUGAUGCUGAUAGUAGGCGAGACGCUUGGAACGAGGCGAAGCGGAGCGAGAGACGAGAGCGAAGAUACCAGGAAUGGCAUGAUGCCGGGGCUCCUAUCUCAGUAUGUCCUGAGUAUGGAAGUGAGGAAGAGAGCGACGACGAGAGCGAAGAAAUACCAGAACUCUUCUCCUACCCUUGGGAUACCGGUGAAUGGGUAGGAGAUGGUGGCGCGAUACACUACGAAGAGUAUUCCACUGAGCCCCCUGAACAGUGUGGAAGCCAUCGUGAGUUUUUGUUCUACUGGGCGACCUUUGUCUGGGAACUCAUGACGAAUACUCAGACGGCCGAAGCGCACUGGAAACGGGGCAUAGAUUGGGACCCGUUCUCUGCGCCUGAAGGCGGCCCGUCAAAGCCAGGAGAAGAUUGGUGUGAUCAGCUCCAAGUGUUAGAGGAGGCUAGACUUGGAAGUGUCUUGCUCAAAGCCUGGAAGAGCGAAUACGAAAGCGCGGAGCAGGCUGCCGAAGAUGUCAGAAAAAUUGCGGAGGAGAUGGGUAUCAAAAUCGUCAGCACUGCGUCGGAUGUUGACGACGCCUGGAAGAACGUGUCCCAGCAGGAUGAAGUCGAUAUCGGCGAGCCUUGGGAGGACGUUUUCGAACUAGACGAAGCCAAAGAAAGGUGGGGCGCUCGAACGCUUAGGUUCAAGCGGCAAGGCACGCAUGUGAAUUUGCCUGUGGCAGGAUAG